UUCAGCAGUCAGUUCUUCACACACUCUUCACACACAACAUCCUAUCAACACAGUGAUCUGUUCAUCGUCCUGCAAGAUACAAUUCCAGAUAUGAAGGCUGAUCUUCUGUGCAUCGUAUUGUUCGCCUCUGCUUUAACCGUCACUGUGCAAAGCGCUCCGCAUGAGAAGCAUGAAUCUCUCUCCGGAUGGUCCCAAACUUCUGAGGAGAUGGACCAUAAGUUCUCAAAGUUAAAUAAGGAUCAUGAUUACAUUUUGCCAACAUUCUUCUUCUUUGAGGCUAGCAGUCCAGAACUGGAAAAUAAAGAUAUAAGCAAAAAGACACCAAAUGGAGGACAUGGAACAAAUAAAGCAUAUUCAGUAGACUUGGAAAAUUCUGCUAAAGAUGGGAGGAGCAUUCCUGUGCUGGUGAAUGAAGAGAUGCUUGCUCAGCUUAUAAAAGAUUCUGAGGAAAAGCAGCAUGAUUUGGAGCAUGAUACGGAAAAUAAUGAUGGAGAAACAGUAGGAAAGGUUUCAGAUACAAAUGAUGAAAGUGUGGGGAUAACACCAAAGUCUAAAAAUGAUGGAAAAGAACAUCAAGAGCAAAAUAAAGAGAAAGAUGCAGAAGAGGAAGUGGGAAGUAGCACAGACUCAGAGAUACCUUUAGAUUUAGACUAUGCUGCAAACAUUUUAUCAACGAAAUCUCAAAACACCAAGAUGGAGGAAAAAAAAUCCUUAGCUAUAAAGUUUACAGCGAAAGAGAAUGACGAAAGUGAACUGCCUACAGUCAUGGAAGACUAUGAUACCCAGUCCAGUCAAGAUUAUGAGGAUACCUAUGAUGGACACGAGGAAAAAACAGGUGAUCAAGCUAAGUCUACUGAAAGUCUCCAAGAUGAGCAGAUCCUUCUAGACCCUGAGACUGACAAAGGCAACACAGAUGAAAGUACAGAACUGGAAGAAAAGGAAUUCCCUGAAGAAACAGAAAAAGGGGUGGACACAAAGGAAAGUAUCAACCAUGAUAAAGAAAAGGGCAAGAUACAGAUAAAAAGCAAGAGACUGAGUAAAGCACAAAGUAACCAGGCUUUAAAUGCUGAGCAGGCCUCAGAACAUUCUCAAAACCGAGAGCAUGAGAAAGAGUCAGAAAUCACACAAUCCCUGGUGCAGAGAAAGAACAGGAAAUGGGCUUCUUUACUAGGAAGGAACCCUGUGCAGAUAAGAGCAGCAGUGGAUCUUUUCCCCAGAAUCAGGCCCACAGCUCAUACCAAAUUCAGAAUUGGAACUGAUUCAGGACAGGAAGCUUCACUCGACUCAUGUAAGAACUUCCACUGUAAGCGAGGGAAGAGGUGCCAGCUUAAUGAUAAGAAGAAGCCUAGCUGUGUGUGCCAGGAACCUGCAGACUGUCCUCAGUCAAGCCUCAGUCACUUUGACCAUGUGUGUGGAACAGAUAACCAGACCUAUGACUCAUCCUGCCAGCUUUUUGCCACCAAAUGCAGUCUUGAGGGCAGCAAAAAAGGUCACAGACUACAUCUGGACUACACUGGCUCCUGCAAAGUUAUUCCACCAUGUCUGAUGACAGAGCUGAUACAUUUUCCACUGCGCAUGAGAGACUGGCUGAAGAAUGUGCUGCUACAGCUUUAUGAUCAAGAUUUCCUUACAGCCAAGCAGAGAUCCAGAGUUCAGAAGAUCUACGAGAAUGAGAUGCGUCUUAAUAAGGGUGAUCACCCUAUUGAGCUUUUGACUCAGGACUUUGAGAAGAAUUACAACAUGUACAUUUAUCCAGUGCAUUGGCAGUUUGCACAAAUGGACCAGCAUCCAACAGACAGGUUCCUGUCUCACUCGGAGCUUGCUCCUCUCCGUGCCCCGCUGGUUCCUAUGGAGCACUGCACUUCAGUUUUUUUCCACGGGUGUGAUACCGACAAGGACAAGCUGCUCUCUUUCAGGGAAUGGUGCCAGUGUUUUGGCAUAAAGGACGAGGACAUGGACACCAAUCUGCUGUUCUGAAGAGCUAGAGCUGGCAGAAAUUCCUUCAGAGAAGAGAAAGAAAUCUUUUAAAGGAACGAGAAAGAAGUGAACACUCUGAUCUGUUCUCUCUAUCGACUGCGAGAUGAAAACUUUCAAAAAUGCUGUUGAUCUAAAAAAUGAUGAAAAUCAAGUCUUUAUGGCAGUAGUUUUUUUUUUUUAUUAUUAUUGCAGAAAGUGUGUUUAUAUACAUUCCUGCAGGGGAGAAGUUUAUAACUCGGCAGUGUCUAGUUGUGGGUUUUGUACUAAUAUGCUUCUGAGCAUGAUUUUGGAAAAUUUGUUUUAAAGAUCAUUAAAGGGAAACGUCGGUUGGCACUCAUAAGUGCUAUAAAAUAUGUUUAAAGAACAUGUUUUGAGAUAAUGACAUUAAGCAGACUGAUUUCUUAUACAUUCACAGCUAAUUUGCUUAUUAACAACUGUUUAUUAAAAACCUCCCUUUUAAAUCAGUAUUCA